AUGGCUGUUAAUGAACUUCACAUUUCUCGGAUUAACGUAAUUAAUGUUCAGCACGAUGAAGAACGACGUGAAAUACAACAACUCAACGAUACUUUCGCUAUGUAUCUCAAACGAGUUCAAAAUCUUGAAGAAGCAAAUAAACAAUUAAGUGUUCAAAUUUUAGCUUUAAGAAACCGUUGGGUUGAUCCUAGAAGCCAACGACAUGAAAGUGAGGCAGCUUUAGCCAUUUGUCGACGAGAUCUCGAUACAGUGGCACGUGGAAUGCAAUCAGCUCAAGUACAAGCUAUACGAGCGAACUUGGAUAAAGCAUCGAUAAUCAAUCAAAUUUCUUUCAUAAAAAGACUUAUGGAUGCCCAUCAACAAAUUGCUUUGGUUGCACAACAAGACCUUGAUCGAACCAAAAUCGAGCUUGAAUCGUAUAGUGGCGAAGUUGGUAAUAAGAAAGCAGAAAUUGAACAAAGCAAAAUUGAAAUGGGCGAGCAACUGAAAAUUCUAAAAGCGUUGAAUAAGCGAUAUGAUGAUGAAUUGAUGGCGCGUGUUGUGCUUGAAUCUGAAUUACAAACAUUACGUGAAGAAUUGCUCUUCCUGAUGGCUGUUUUUGAGGAAGAAAAAAGUUCAAUGCUUUCACACAGCUCAUUCCAAAUUGAUAUUAAUCAAUUCUAUCAAAAUGAAAUUAAAUUGUCAAUUGCAAAAAUCAAGAAUGAUUUCGCAAUACUUUCAGAAGCACGAUAUAAGCAAUGGGAAGACUACUAUAAGCUAAAAAUUAAUUACGUGUCACAACAGUUUGCUGACGCGCAUACAGGUGAAAAUUUAGUCGGCGCAAAAAUUGAUAUCAAAACGCUUGCGACAGAUUCAGAAAAAUAUAAACUAGAACUAGCGGAAGCACAUAAAGAAAACGGACGAUUGUCCAUGCUUUUGCAACAACUCGAAGAUGCAUAUGAGGACAUGAAAUUUGAACAUAACAGCAAAUUAACCGCUUUGGACCAAAUGUUCGCCUCGUUACUAGCUGAAUACAAUGAACUUCAAGCAGCCAUUUCAAAUAUUCAUGAAAAUAAUGUUUCGCUUCAAUUCGAAAUAAGUGCAUACCGAUGUAUUCUAGAAGGCGUCUAUACCGUCGAAGCCACGAAAACACGGGAUAUUGCGUUCAUGUGGAAGAACACAUUGACUGCUGCCUUUUCUGCUAUGGAUACAAAAUCAUUAACUGUGUUACGUUGGGCCGAAAAUAUUAAGGCUCCAAUGAAUGGUACUUUACUUACUGUUAAAUUCAACGGUCCCAAAGGAUAUAGUGGUGUAUCAUUCUCAGCUACUUACUACACAUCUCGAGAUCGAAUCGUCGUUGAAGCAAACAUCGCUGACAGAUUUAAUUUUAGUAACUACGGCGAGUAUCAAGUGACAAUAUAUUAUGCAAAUUCAACAACUAUUAUUGGUACAUGGAGUAUUCAUGUCGAACCGGCUAGUGAUAUUUGCAUGCCGAAGGAACUUAUUAUUCGUAAUUCCAUUAACCAAUUGCUGCCUAACACCACAAUUCAAAUUUCAGCAUCAGGCAAAGUCGUUUUUACUGGUAAAACUAAUGAAAAUGGUGCUAUUAGUCUUCCUCGAAAUUUACCACAGAAUUGUUACGAUAUCGAAGUAAAUACAAACAUGGCUCAGUACAAAGCUACAAUAAUUCAAAGAAUCAUGUAUCCCAACAAAGGUGCAGAUUCGAUUACAGUCUUUAUCUAUCGUCAAAUGCAACCUGAUGAGGUUGAAUUUCUACUCAUGUGGGGAGAAAAACCAAAGGAUCUUGAUUCACAUUUGUAUGUUUCCGAUGGACGACACGUAUAUUUUCAAGUACAAAGUGAAAAAAAUGUGUCUCUUGAUUGCGACUGCCGAGAUGGUAGUGGGCCAGAAACUAUUAAAGUGAAACUUGAACCUAACAUGAAAUAUGUUUAUGCUGUUCAUAGAUUCAGCAAAGAUGGAGAAUUAGCAAGAUCUAAUGCAAAUGUUACUAUUAGUACCAAUGAAAAUGUAGGCGCAGGUUUUCCCUACCAAACUAUUGAUGUUCCAUAUGUUGAUCAACCCGAUGCGAACUUCUGGGUUGUCUGCCAAAUUGAUGGACGAACAAAGAAAGUCACAUUGUUCGACCGAAAAUUUGAAAACCAAGAUGAUUUCACUCAAUCGAUGCUAGAACGAUAUUACUCGCCUUGA